UCGUAGCUCCUACACCCAGCUGAUUUGACGUUACAUAUGAGAAGCCACGCCGACAACACACACACACACACACACGUGGCAAUAUGGCAAUGUCCUAAUGUCCUCAUGUUACUCUAUUCGUUAUCCAUUAUUCUUACCAUCCUGCUUCAUUCCCAUUUCCUCCAUUCAUUAUCCACUUUCUAUAAUUAUGUCCUAUAUUAUAUCCAUUUCAUCCAUUUACUAUCCAUUUCCUUGCUAUUUCAUGUUUUAAUCUCAUUCCCUCCAUUAAUUAUCUCUCUCUUUCCAUUGUUGACCAAUAGCGUGGCUUAUAAUGUGACCUCAAAUCAGAUGGGUGGAGGAGCCGCGAAAGGGGAGCCGAGAAUCGAGGAGAGCGGGCAGGACGUGUGUAUUAUAAAGAGAGUGCCCAACUAUUAUACAUAUCAAGUGAAUUACACGAUCAGUAAGUUACAGUAUGCGAAAGAAAAUUAUAUAGACCACCUGCUAAAGAGAAUGAUGUAAAUCAACUCCUAAAGAUGCCAUUGGCGAGUUGUUUACUUAAUUCCCAGCUGUGGUCACUGAUCACGGCGAGGCGCGUCAAACACCAUGAGUGAAAGUGGGGCCAUUCACCUUUUCCUGAGGUCUUGUUGCAAAUGCCUACUCUGGAUCAACCCACGUUAGGAAUCUCUGGUAAAGGUAUAGCUUGUACGGGCAAGAGGCGAGGAGGUAGUGUGAGGACUUCAAGGCUCUUGUCCUGACUGACUAGUCCCAUGCAGCUACCUCACCACCUCGUCUCCAAACACACACGGCUAGGACGGUGCCUCCUGACAGAGGAGUCAGGAGGACUUUGGCUUUGGCAUUUGGGAACCAUUACCCCGAGUGGAUGCCCUUCCUAACCUCGGACCGUGGCCAGGAUUCAAACUCGUGCGCUUGAAAACCCUGGGGCCCACAAAGCACACACGGUCCUACUGCACCACGGCCCCCUUUUCUUGAAUAUACAGUAUUCCUCGAAUUAUUGAUAUCAAUCACAGAAUGAAGAUAGUGAGAACUUCUUAUCUGACCUUGGCAGAUAGCAAUUAUCAUACAGAAUAAGUCCUUACCGGCUGGUGAGACAGACAGAUAAACAGCUUCAUAGCACAAGCCAGUGGCAGGCCAAGAAACUGAGUGUGGGUGACAUACAAGUCUGCGAGGAAAUUGAGUGAUGACUGCAGCAGCAUGGGUGCCUCGGAGCAGAGCAACCACACACCAGACCCAUCACCCAAUCAUGACGCACAGUACAUUGCCAGUCUCGACCUGGGCACCACCACUCUUCGAUGCUUCAUAUACAACAGAAAGGCACAGCUCUGUGGCCGAGCAGAAAAGAAGGUGACCCUCCUGUACCCGGCUCCUGGGAGGGUGGAGAUGGAUCCUGAGGAACUGUGGGGCAAGUUUAUGGCAGUCAUGAAUGCAGCAAUAUCCAAUGCUGGAGUGAGUCCAGGUGAUAUCCGGUGCUUGGGUCUGAGCACGCAGCGAGCCACUUUCAUCACUUGGGACCGCCGCAAUGGGGUUCCCUUCCACAACUUUAUCACAUGGAAGGAUAUUCGGGCUGAUGCCUUGGUUAGACACUGGAAUUCGUGCCUCACUAUGAAGGCAAUUCGCUUUGGCAGCUCACUUCUCUAUUUGUUUGUGCGAAGCAAGAGGUAUCUGGCCGCCAGCGUUUUGAAGUUCAUGAACAUUCAGGUAAACAUGCGAUUGAAGUGGGUGCUGGAGAACAAUGAGAUGGUGAAGCAUUUGGCUGAUGAAGGUCAUGUUAUGUUUGGCACCAUUGACACCUGGCUGAUCUACAGGCUCACUGAAGGAAAGGUUCAUGCCACAGAUUACUCCAAUGCUAGUGGUACUGCUCUUUAUGAUCCUUACCUGGAGGACUGGAAUACCUUCUUCCUAAAGGUGUUUCAGAUGCCCAAAAGUCUCUUCCCAGAACUGAGGGACUCUGUUGGAGACUGGGGUGUGUGUUCAGCCAAGUUCUUUGGUGUCCCCAUCCCCAUUACAGCUGUGGUAUCUGAUCAGGGAGCCUCCCUGUUUGGGUCGUGCAGCUUUGAGCGUGGUGAUGUGAAGGUCACCCUCGGCACUGGUGCUUUUCUUGAUGUGAACACUGGCAGCAAGGCUCACACUUCUGUAAAGGGCAUUUAUCCAGUACAUGGCUGGAAGGACAAAGAUGGGCUUGUCCACAUGGCUGAGGCAUCAUCAAAUGACAAUGGAACAGUGAUUGAAUGGGGACAGAUGAUUGGUUUGUAUGAAAAGGCUUCAGAAACCUCAGAAUUGGCUUCAUCUGUGAAGGGAUCUGAAGGGGUCUUUUUCAUCCCUGGCUUCCAGGGUAUACAGGCUCCUGUGAAUGAUACUACUGCCACUGGAGGUUUUUUGGGUUUGAGUGCAUCCACCACCCGAGCCCACCUUGUCCGAGCCAUGCUGGAGUCCCUCGCCUUCCGCAUCUACCAGAUAUACCGGGCCAUGCUCACCGAAGCUGACCAUGAAUUGCUGAGUCUCAGUGAAAAAUCUCCCCUUAGAGUGGAUGGAGGAGUGGCUCAGAAUGACUUCCUGGUGCAGAUGAUUGCCACUCUUACAGGCAGGCCAGUGGAAAGGCCCAAGUCCACUGAAGUCUCUGCUUUGGGUGCUGCCUUCUUGGCAGGGAUGGGGGCAGGUAUUUGGAAGUCGCGCAAAGAGUUGAUUCCACUGAGGGAAGUAGAAAAAACCUUCCACCCCCAGUUUGAGCUGCAGGACCACCUUCUGAACCAGAUGAAACAAUGGGAGAAAGCUCUGCAGCGCUGCACCAAGUGGCACUCCAAGAGUGGACUGAACAAGGAAUCCAAGGCCCCCAAGGGCAACACAAUUUGGGAGGCAGUGGGGCAGAAGAAGGAGACUAUGUUACUCCAAGGACGGGAGGGGGAGGGUGAUGAUGACCUGCCUGAUGUGAACUAUUAUGAGUCUAGCACCUACCAUGCUAGUCAAGCAUCAAGAAAGGAAGGCAGAAAAUUUGCUACAGAAAGGAAUAUGAUUAAUUCUUUCUCACUUGUUCUGAGUGCUAUAUUGUUUUGCCUGUUGAGUUCAUACUUUUACACAUGGCUGUAGUGUCAAUAUUCUCUAGUCGUUGCCUGAAGCAUCCAUCCUUUUGAAGUGUCAGAGAUUUUUGAAGAUCAAUGUACAUUCCUUCUAAGCUUCAGGCCAUUGUAGAAGCCACAUGUGGUGUUCAGAGGUCAAAUUGUAGAUUAUACAAGACUUUUCUUAUAGUAAUUUCCUGCAGUUGAGAUAUAAUUGCUUCUGAUGGUGCUAUAAUUGGUGUUAGGGACUCAUUUCUGCUUCCAAUGACUCUGCUUACAGCCUCAGACUGAAGUUUUCAUUUACAGCAAAGAAUUAUGCUUUGUAUGUAGGUAGGCAUCUUAUCUUGGCUAUGCUCUUUGAAGAUGAAUGUCAGCCUGGUUUAUCAACACAUUCAAAAAUAUAGAGAAAAUUGUAUUUUGAUUAAACAUUUCCAUGUACUGUAUCAUAUAUAUUUAUCAGUAGAAUAUUUAUUUGGAAGUUCUCAUAUGCUUGCUCCAUCACUUUUCAACAUUUGCACGGACUGGGUACUAGGCAGAGUUGUAGACCAAAGUCAUUGUGGUGCAUCUGUUGGCAAUACUGAGAUUACAGAUCUUAUGUUUGCUGAUGAUGCAGUAAUCUUUGCAGAGUCACUGACUGGAGGUUCUGGUAAUGGCUCUAGAGACUCCAUGAGGAGGCGAAGCCCCUGGGAAUCCAGGUUUCAUGGCUGAAGACCAAGGUUCAGGUGUUUGGAGGCUUACUGGAUGAAACAGUACAGUCUGUCCAUGCUUGUGGCGAGAACGUUGAGAUCUCAGAAAGUUUCACAUACCUUGGUAGUAUAGUGUAUAAUGAUGGUGGGUCGAGCCAGGAAGUUGUACGGUGGAUUGGCCUGGCUCACGGCAUUAUGCACUCGCUCAACACGAGUAUUUGGCGUUGUCGAUACCUGUGCAGAUGAACAAAGAUUUGGAUCUUCAAGCCACUGGUGAUCCCUGUCUUAUUCUGUGAUUGUGAGACAUGGACACUGAACACCAAGCUGAAGAAGCAAGUUGAUGUCUUUGGUACUAGAUGCCUUUGCAGGAUCAUGGGGUACUGCUGGUAUGACUUUGUGUCAAACCAGUGAUUGCUCCGUGAGGCUGAUUUGAGGCCGAUUGCCAGGAUAGUCCAUCAAUGCCAACUGCAACUACAGGCAUGUGGCAUGCUACCCGGAAGCUGAUCUUGCAUACCGGGCUGUCUCCGAAAAGGAUAACCCAGCAUGGAGGAGGCCAAGGGGAUGUUCACAGAACUCAUGGCUUUGGCAAGUCGAUGCCUCCUACUAGGAGUUAUUUGGCAUGGGAAGGGAGCCUGCAUGGAGACUCAUGAGGCAUGACUGCCUGGAGUGGCACCAUAGGAUAGGCGAGAUGACACACCCCCCGGCGUAUACCCUCCAUGAAUGAUUGAUUGAUGUGCAGUAUCUGAUAUACAUUAGUGAAAUGCUUAUUUUGGAAGUAAAUUUUGGGUGAUGAUCAGUACAGUGCAAUGCCUUCUUGCCCUCCAAUCUACACCUCAGCAUUUUUCUUACCAAAACUUUCAUCUCUACUCACACACACACACACACACACACACACACACACACACACACACACACACACACACACACACACACACACACACACACACACACAUAUAUGUUGCAGCAUUAUUUAUGUGACUAGGGUUCACUGUAAAUGGGUUGGUGGUGAUGGAAUUAUCACACUUGGCCCACAACCAGGAAGAACUUGGUUCUUAUCUCUAUUUAAAUGAGGGCAGUACAGGCUUUGGCAUCUUUCUUUCUGUAUGCUCUGUAACAAGAUGGUUUUGUCAGUAUACUAUGUUAUUGGGCUUAAUAGUUUUAUUCUGUAGUGAAUUCAUAGGCUGGUAACAAGAAAGAUUAUCAUUCUGUGUAUGGCUGCUAACAUAAUCAUUCAAGUAUCCAUGUGUAUAUCAACACUUUUAAGAUUAAUGCUCUAUUGUCUACUUGAUGAAAGCAAUCAUGCUAUGUGCAUUAACAAGUUUCUGUUAAUUUGUAGUGUUCAAGCUGAUGAUACUUUACCUACUUUUCUGUUGGUGUAUGUUAUACUCAUCCCUUAGAUUUACUAUAACAUUGAAAGAAGGAUACAUAUACUGUUAUAUUUUGGCUGUGUUUAAGUUUUGUAUGGUUUUAUACAUAAUACCUUUUUAUUAUGUAAUGAAAAUUGAAAGCAAGGAAUUGAGUACAAGUAUUAUAUAUUAAGAUGCAAAUGUAUGUGGAGGUACAGUUUGCAGCAGCUAUAAGACAAAGAUUAGACAUCUUCACAAAACUACAAAUACUAAUACAAGUUCUAAAGACAGAGCUUUUGGAAGCAGGAAUUAAUUGUGUGUAGCUUUAAGACUUAUUGAAGUUGAUAAAUCUAUAUUUCUACUUUUGUAUUGUCAACACUUUGCUUUGUAAUUUUAUAUGAAUUUACAAGUGUAUAUAUAAUUUGUCAUCUAAAGAUUUUGGAAUUAGCAUUAUGUAGCUGUUUUAGGAUACACCAUUGAUAUUCAGGAGCUUUAGUGGACCUUAAACAUCUGUGCUAGUAUAGGGUUGAAAAUGGAGAUCGGAAGAAAUUGGUUCACAAAUGAGCAAUGGUAACUGGAAUAUAUUUAGUAAGCAGAUUGGUUGUGCUGAGUCAGUAGGAAAAUUUUAAAAGAGAAGUGGUAUGUGUGGAUUAAGGUAAUAUAUUGAUAUAGAUGUGCAUGCUUCCAUUGUAUCCUUAAAUCUCCUGUCUCAGGACUUUGGUGUGUUUGAAAAAGAAAUGAGAGGAUGGUGCUAGAGGAAGGCAGCUUUUUUAUUAUAGUUGCCUAUAUCAUAUUUAGUUGUCAAACCAGUACUAUCAUGUAGGAGAAUCAGAUUGAAGAGGACUUUUCAAGGCUUAUUUUUGUAUUUAUUGGAUGUAAUUGGUGAUGCCACUGUUUACUUUAAUUAUUUUGUGAAUCUGUAAAUUGAAAUGUAAUGUAACUUAUGGAAGUGCUUCAAUGAAAUCACUUCAUGAGGCAAAAAUAUUUGAAAAAGUAAUUUUCUUUAACUCAAAAGGUCUUCCAAAUACAAUUCUUCUGACUCAAGAUUGGGCUUAAUUUUUGUAAUUGCAACAUAGGUGAAGAGACACCUUGGAAGACAACUUAUUUGAUAGUUUCUAGAAAAAAAAAUAAUUAGUAUGAUAAAAGAACACUAAUUGUCUACUUUAUAAGUGUGUAGUGAAGAUUAUUACAUGUCUUUCUUAGUACAAAAACAAAGAUUGGAUUAAGACAUUAGACUUCAUAAUGACUAAUUUGCUUUAAAUGAUUGUUGUGCACAGAAUCAAGAAUGGAUCAUGACUCCUUAAACAUGAAGGAAAGUGUUUCAAACAGGAUUAGGUCAGGCGAUUGAAACAGUAUAUAAUAGUGUAGAGAUGUGUAGCACUCUGAAAAGAAAGAUACAGGUUGAUUUCUGAGCAUUUUACUGUCUGUACCCCUUGCUUAAUUCUAGAAAGAAAGGUGUGGAUUGGUUUCUUAUUUCUCUCAUACUUGAUGAUAUUUGAUAUGAUGUUUGCAUAAAUUUAUCACAAACAAUUGUAGGUGCAGUGCUUAAUGUUAGAAACUAUUCCAAUAUUUUAAUUGGUUGCCAGAAUCCUUAAAGUUUUGUACAUCUUCUAAAGCUGUAAGCAAGCAGUUUUUGUCAGAUUUAGAUUUUGCAGAUGAUGUUUAAAUAACUGGUGUGAUAUUGAAUUUCUAAAUUAUCAAAGUUGUGAUAUUACAUUGUAAAAGCAAAUAUUUCUGCUCAUUAUUAUAAUAUCGUGGCUUCGUGAUUGUUAUGUUUGUACUCAUAUAAUGUUAUAUUUUUCUAUAUACAAAAUAAGCUACAGUUUAUAGCACAAAUCAAACAAAAUAAAAUUUAUAGCAAA